GUGCAGCAUUUGCUAGGUAAAGAAGAGAGAACGUCUAUAAAAGUAGGCUAUUGGAUUACGUGGCGCUUCAGAAUUUUGGAGUUAUGUUUUCGGAUGGUAGUUGUGAAUGGUGUUUGCUGACUUCAAAAUUUUGGUUAGAUACCUGAAGUUUCUUAAACGGUAUUGAUUUUAACUGGUGUUUCUUCAAGUAAAUAUCUGCACCGGCAUUGGUGGCAAAAAAAAAGUUGUUUUUAGAGAAGACUGGAGGAAAAUAAAACCAGAAAUGGUUGUAUUUUCUGCACCAGUUUUCACUCCUAUUGGACCAACACUGUUAAGGAGCAGAUAUCUCCGGAUAUUUUCUAUCACUACGACGCCGGCUAUUUUGGCUUUGCCGAUUGUAAAACGAACUUGUAAUUUUGCACUAGUGUGGCAGCUCAUCUUCUACAAACUAUUCUCUCGGUUUUCUCCUCAUCCUUGGCGACUUGUUAUUGUAAAUUCAAGACCAACUGGUAGGUGGCAUACUUUCGUGGAUUCAGCGAAAGUUCGUUUCUCCUGCGAGGCUUGUGGUCAUGGAUGGACUUCGAUGAAAGGAAGAAUAACCUUUUGGUGCUCAUUUUCAAACAAUUCGGGUGUCGUUGCUUACAAGCUGUAUGGGCAACAAUGUGACAGUUGCCCGGCUGAGACUUACGAACCCGCAAUGUGGUAUCCUGAAGAAAUAGAGAAGGUUCUUAUGAAUAUAUGCAAUCGAGUGGCUUAUCUAUUUUACGGUUUCGAAAAACCUCCUAUUCAACUGAAUCGCAGACCGGGAAAGCCAAGAAAUCCCCAUUAUUCGGAGCGAUGUCAAGCCUGUAAAGAUGGCGUGUGUGCAGAACGCAGAUGAGGCUAUGUUCUAAUAUUCGAAAUGCUCUUGACAAUUGAACAUUUUUGAAUCAAUCGAUUUAACUAAAAAGUGCGCUGGUGUACCUAUUUUACUUAAAUGUUUAGAAGUUUUAGACAUUUUCUUAUUCUGUAGAACUGUUUAUUCGAAGAACUUUUUGAUAUAAUUUCUCAACGAACCAUUUCGUUGUUUAUUUUUAGUUCAACUAAACUGACUCUACUUUAAGCUGAUCUUUUUGAAAACCAUCUUGGAUCCUAGAUUUACAAACUUUUUGUAAUAAGGAUUCAUAUUUGCUUCAAAAAAACUUAUUUUAAUGUGUAGAGCCAUUUUUAGUCAAUGAUGUUUUAAUGCUUCGAAUGUUUCUCUGUUGCGUGUUGCAAGAAAGGAAGUUUAAAAUUACUAUUGAAUAAUGGCUUUGUAAAUUUCACAAAUCUUAAAAUUUGUUUUAAGUUUCAUCAACUAGCUGCAUUGCGUUCGUCGCACAAGUGAAAGCGAUCUUCAUAAACAAGCUUUUGUUUCCUUUUGUUUAAGAAAUGAAACAAUACCUUUCUAAUGUAUAUUGUUUAAUAAAAAUUUUUGU